AUACGUCGCCAGCAUGACAUACGAAACGUCAUUCGAGCUGUCAUAGGUUUUUAUUUAUUUAAUUAAUUCGCCUAAUUUGACUGAAACAAUGAGUACAAAAACGAAGCUUGUAGAGAAAAACGGCGUGUCCAAAUCGCCGACAAAAUCAAUUUUGAGUAGGGCGCUCACAUCGAACUCUGAAUGGCCGGAUAAAGAAGAGUUUUUGGAUGUUAUUUAUUGGGCCAGGCAAGCUAUUGGGAUUAUUUUGGGGGUUUUCUGGGGAUUUUUGCCUCUGAAAGGAAUUAUUGGCUUAGCACUGUUUGCAUUAAUAAACGCUGGUGUAAUAUACUUUUACUUCACAAAUUUCCAAAGUGUGGAAGAAGAGGAGUUUGGCGGGGCUUGGGAGUUAACAAAGGAAGGUUUUAUGACUUCGUUCGCCGGUUUUUUGGUGACGUGGAUUAUAAUAUACUCGGGGCUUCAUUACCAGCCGGAAUCGUUGACGUAGCGAACAAAUUUAGUUUUUGUAACGAUUUUGUACUAUUUAUUUUAUCAGUAAUAUAUGCCAAAUAAAGUGAAACAUGUUU